AUGUCCACCGUGGAGCUUUCCCUGCCUGUUUCCGCGCCCCCUCCUGACAACCAGCCGGUAUCGGGUAGAAAAGGCAGCAAAAAAGAGGCGCCCAUCAAAAUGAGCAAUGUGGUUUAUCUCGGCCAUAUCCCACAUGGAUUCUACGAAGAGCAAAUGAAGGCCUAUUUUUCUCAAUUUGGAACGAUUGUAAACCUUCGUCUUUCUCGAAACAAAAAAACGGGCGCAUCUAAGCAUUACGCAUUUAUAGAGUUUAACGACCCAGAUGUGGCCGAAAUAGUGGCAGAUACCAUGAACAAUUAUCUGAUGUUCACUUCGGUUCUCAAAUGCCACGUGUUACCAGCCUCCUCGGUGCAUGCUGAAAUGUGGAAAGGCGCCAACCGUCGAUUUGUCGUCUCAAAAAAGAAGAAAAACACAACAGAUCCAACCACUCCAUCUCAAGAGCAAAUUGAGAAAAGAUCCCUACGUCUUAAAAGGCGAAACGCAUUGAAGACCAAACGCCUGCAGGCAUUGGGGUUAAACUUUUUGUCAAGCGAAAGUCAAGUUUAG